AAUUUGUUAAAAAUCACACAAAUUCAGAAAUUUCAGAACAAACAAUCGGGUAUUGGACUGCUAUUGCAAUUUAUUAAUUAAAAUAGUGUGGUUUCAAAGGAUUCGAAAUCGCAAAGAGUAAAGUGAAGCUUUGCUGUGGUACAGAGGCGAUCCGUAGGCCUUAUUUAAACGUUGGAAACAAAUUUGGAUCACCUAUUAGAGAAAUAAUACAUAGAAUCUGUUUUUUACAUUUCUGGGCAAGUUUCGGGCAGUAUUGUUGAUUCAUAAAUAUUUUAAAUCGUUGGAAAUAAUGGAAAUACAACAAUUAGAAAUACUUUGUAAGCAGCUCUAUGAGGCAACCGAUUCAGUAAUACGUUCUGAUGCUGAAAAAGCACUGGUGGCUUUCGUAAGCAGCCAGGAUGCUCUACCUAAAUGUCAAAUGCUUUUAGAGCGUGCAGAUUCAAGCUAUGCGCAGUUGCUGGCAGCCACAACACUUACAAAAUUAAUACAAGGACUUAAUUUGGAACAGCGAAUUGAUAUAAGAAGUUACGUGUUGAACUAUUUGGCUAAUCGACCAAAUUUACAACAUUUCGUUGUUCAAGCACUUGUUACACUUCUGGCUAAGAUUACAAAAUAUGGAUGGUUCGAUAUGUAUAAGAGUGAUUUGAUAUUUCAAAAUCUUUUUGAAGAUGUAAAGAAGUUCCUACAGGGCUCGGUAGAACAUUGUACUAUUGGCGUUCAGAUUUUAUCGCAACUCGUUCUGGAAAUGAAUUCUAUUAUAGAAGUCGAUGUGAAUUUAUCAUUUUCAAAAAAUCGAAAGAUUGCCACUUCAUUCCGUGACCAACAACUUUAUGAUAUUUUUUUAUUGUCCUGUUCAUUAUUAAUUACUGCUCGUGACAACAGCAAAAACCUAAAUUUCAUGGAUGAAUCCCAGCAGGCAUUAAUAUCACACGUACUGCGGCUAACGAAGAAUUGCUUAAGUUUCGAUUUUAUCGGCAGUUCAACAGAUGAGUCGUCCGACGACAUGAAUAGUGUGCAAAUACCCACAUCCUGGCGACCGGCCUUUUUGGAUUCAAACACUUUAAAAUUAUUUUUUGAUCUUUACCAGAUUCUCCCAAAUGGGUUGGCCAGUUAUUCGCUUUCUUGUCUUGUGCAAAUGACUUCCGUGCGCCGUUCUCUCUUUAAUAAUUCAGAGCGAACUAAGUUUCUUACUCAUUUGGUGGAAGGUGUAAAAAAUAUACUCGUGAAUCUGCAUGGACUUAGCGAUCCGGAUAAUUAUCAUGAAUUUUGCCGUCUUUUGGCUCGCCUUAAAUCGAAUUAUCAAUUGGGUGAACUUAUAGCAGUUCCAUGUUAUCCGGAAGCAAUACAGCUAAUUGCAAAGUUUACCGUUCAGUCACUACAGAUGUGGCAAUUUGCCCCAAAUAGUGUGCACUAUUUGCUCACGCUAUGGCAACGAAUGGUCGCCUCUGUGCCGUAUGUUAAAUCCCCUGAACCGCAUUUAUUGGGAACAUACACUCCUGAGGUGACUAAAGCUUAUAUUGAGUCACGUCUUGAUGCAGUUCCAGUUAUUGUACGUGACAAUAUGGAAGAUCCCUUGGAUGAUUUGUGUAUGGUUCAACAACAAUUGGAACAAUUGUCUGUGAUCGAACGUUGUGAAUAUGAUAAAACAUGUACAUUACUUGUGCAACAUUUUGAUCAAAAGGCCCGAGAGUACGAAAACUUGUUGCAAACGCCUAAUGCUAAUCCUAUGGACAUAACGGUGCAUGAACUGCAACUCACUUGGUUAGUUUAUAUAAUUGGAUCAGCAAUCGUUGGGCGACUAACCGUAAACUCGAACGACGAUCAUGACACGAUGGAUGCCGAAUUAGUUAUCAGGGUACUACAAUUAAUGAGCUUAACGGAUGCACGUCUACCACAAGCUGGCUGCGAGAAACUUGAAUUAGCCAUACUAAGUUUUUUGGAACAAGUACGCAAAAUGCAUAUUAGUGAACAAACUCAAAAGGCAAAUGUUUAUAAACGCCUGAGCGAAGUGUUUGGCUUAAAUGACGAACAAAUGCUUUUGAGUUUUAUUAAUCGUAAAAUCAUAACUAACCUUAAGUUUUGGGGCCAUUCUGAACAAAUCAUCACAAAAACACUAAUGUUACUUUCGGAUCUGUCAGUGCAUUUCAAUUCUGUAAGAAAACUAGCGAAAUUGGAGGAGGUACAAUUCAUGUUAACCCAUCAUACGAGUGAACAUUUCCCAUUUUUGGGCACCAAUUCAUCGUUAUCGGAGAUGCGUUGUCGCACAAUGUUCUAUACUUCACUUGGACGUUUGCUAAUGUUCGAUUUGGGGGAAGAUGAGGAACGUUUCUACAACUUCUUAACACCGCUCACAAAUCAAUUUGAAUCACUGGGCACUGUUUUAAUGGAUGCUAAUAGUUUUCCUAACGAGGAAGCGAAGAAGGCAAUAAUUGGUUUGGCAAGAGACUUGCGUGGCUUAGCUCAGCCCUUGAAUGCUCGCAUACCAUAUACAAUGUUGUUUGAAUGGUUAUACUACGCUGAUUACUUGCCCAUACUCAUACGUGCCGUGGAGUUGUGGGCACAUGAUCCUGCGGUCACGACCCCAGUACUAAAAUUAUUCGCUGAACUUGUUCAUUGCCGCACUCAACGUCUACAAGGCAAUGUAUCUAGCCCGAUGGGGAUUCUUUUAUUUCGAGAAGCGUCCAAAUUGAUCUGCAUUUACGGCAAUCGUAUAUUGCUUUUAGAUGUGCCGCGCGAUCAGCAGUAUCCCAUGCGUCUAAAAGGCAUUUCAAUUUGCUUUUUAAUUCUUAAAAAUGCGCUGGGAGGGAAUUAUGUUAAUUUUGGUGUGUUUAAGUUAUAUGGUGAUGACACGCUUGAUAAUGUAUUGAAUAUUGCCGCUAAGCUCAUAAUGUCAAUACAGCAAAAUGACUUAUUGGAAUAUCCAAAAUUGUCCUCGGCCUAUUAUGGUUUGCUAAAUUGUUUAUCACAGGAUCAUAUAACCUUCCUAGCUAGUUUGGAACCGCGAGCAUUUGUAUAUAUAUUGGAGAGUCUUUCUAAGGGUCUUACUGCUUUAGACUCGACGAUUUAUAUCAGCUGCUGUUCAAUCUUGGAUAGUAUCGUAUCGUAUAUAUUUAAACAAUUACAAUUAAAAGUUUCGACAUUCCCGAACAAGAAACUGCGUAAUAUAACGCCUGAAAACGCACAAUUUCUUAAGGUGGUGGAAAUGAACUCAGAUUUACUACAAAGCAUGAUGUCUACUUUGUUGAAUAACGUUAUGGCAGAAGAUUGUAGAAAUCAGUGGUCGAUGUCACGACCACUUUUAGUUCUUAUACUUCUCUAUGAAGACUAUUUUAGAUCGUUAAAAGAUAAUAUAAUCCGUGCACAGCCAUUGGACAAACAGCAAACAAUGGCGCAAUGGUUUGAGGAUCUCAUGGUUGGUAUAGAACGCAACGUAUCAAGUAAAAAUAAAGAGAAAUUCACGCAAAACCUUUCAUCCUUCCGCCGUGAUGUUGUUAAUUUACCAAAAUCAUCAAGCUAUAACACAGAUAAUGCGUACCAAGUAUAUUCGGAGACAAAUUAUUCGGUUUCAGUUUAAGAAUUAUUCGGAGGAAGCAUUAAUGGUCCCGCACUUACUGGUUAAGUUUGAAUGGCUGAGCUAUCGAUUUGCCUAUGGUGAUUACAAAUUAAAAUUUAAUAAGAAAAAAUAUCAAGAAAAAAUCAAGAAAUAUAUAUUUAAAUUUAUACAUUACAUUGCUGCAUUUGCAAAUGUGGUACCGUACCGACGUUAAUAAAGAAAGGGCAUCGAUAGCGAUAUUGAUACUAUGUAAAAGGCUGGUCGCGCUGACUUGAUUUUAUUUUGCUAACAUAAAGGUUUGUCUUAUGUUAUGCGUAACAUGAUUAUUUUGUACGUGAACAAAGUAAAAUUUUAAUAAACGUAAUUGAUGUAAAUAGUGA